GCAUUGACGCGAAGUUUGAAAUCUGGGGGCUAGCAAGCUAGCCGCUAGCAGGCGUCUCGGAUGUUGUAAUGAUCGUCUAACUUCUCCGCCAAACGCGAUGGCUUCGUAUCAUCAUUUACUUCAACACAAAAAUCCGCGGCACGAUUCUCCCGCCAAGGUGUUCGCGAAGCUCAAAUCCAAAGUGCAGAGAGAAGCGGUGUGCGCGAAGAAGCCGCCGUGUAACGGAAGAGAGAAACAUGGAGCAGAUUCUGACUCGUCGAGGAGGAGCACAGAGGAGAGCUUCCGCACCACCGACGGGCUCGCGGACAAUCAGAGGUUUGGGUUCGAUCGCAGUGAAGUGCAGACGUUGACGCUGUCGCCCAUAUCGACGCCUCAGAGAACCAAUGGGUACUUAUUUUCAAACGGGGGCGAAACGGAACAUGCCUUCAUGUCGAGAAACGGACACACACCUACGAAGAGGGCUUUCAUGGAGUCGACCGCGGUGUCCCACCCCUUCUCUCUGCUCCACAGAGAACCACCUCACAUCAGACACCCGGCUGGUUUCCCAAUGUGCAGCAGGACUCCGGUAAAGAUACAGACGAUAGACUAUGACUGUGUUGGGGGAGUGUUCGAGGAGGAGAGUGACGCUCCCCCGGUGUCUCCAUCCACAAUGUUCUCCCCCGUGGAGAAGAGGCUCAGGAAGAGAAAGUUGGAGCAGCACCACGAGUUCAACAGAGUCAGCAGCAGUAGAAAGGAGGUCCACGCUGGAGUCAAGAGUCAUCCACAAGAGAGGAGAACAUCCACGGCUCUGACUCUGAGUGAGGACAGCAGCCACGACCAGACGUGCCUGGAGGACGUGGGUGAUGUUGGAGGGUGCCCCGCUGAUCCAUCAGAGGUGGACCAGGGGACUCGCGAGCCCCUUUUCCCGCCACCAAGAAGCACUGCAGAGAAACGUGGCUUUGUUAUUAUGGAGAAGUUUCCUCUGAUGUCUCCAGCCAAGACGUUUGCUUACAUGAAGCAGAGGGAAAGUAAAAGGGGGCAUCGGGAGGUUCGUGAAGUCAACAGUAGCACUAGGGAUCUCUUCGGUGAGGGUAUUCCUUUCCAUCAGGCCAGAGCCUUGCCUCUCCCCUCAACUCAGAAUACAGCUGACGUGGUGGACACUGCCUCUAGAAGUGUUCCAGAAAGUGUGGUUCCUGUCAACCGCUCCGGAGAGGAGUCAGCUGACAGCCGAUUAUAUACCUCGGAGGAUACCCUGAUCCCUGCCGCCCCGCCACACCGGCCGGUGUUGCUGGAAGACUCGCUAGUGCUCAACUCGCCACAGAUCUCCAUCCCGAAGAAACGCCAGGCUGUGUUCAGGCGCAACAAUUGGCCCCAGAGCACAAAGUUCCCAGAUGAGAGUGCCAUUUAUCUUAAAAACUGGUUCUUGAGGAAAAAUCACAAUGGCCUGUUUGUGGAUGGAAUCAACAGGGAGAACAACAUUCCCUGGAACAGUAACAUCAUUGUUGACAGGGUUUCUAACUCUGUGCUGAAGACUGUCUCUGGCAGGCUUUACAUUUUGGUCGGCAAGAUGAACCUGAGCGUAGCCUUUGGGUUUCCCAGUUGGCUUUUGAAGAAGUUUGUUAAUGGUUUUCCUGCAAACUGGAAAUCGCUUUAUGAGAAGUUUCUGUCGGACUCAAGAGACAGAGAGACGGAGAGUACCACUAAAGGGAAAACCAUCAUAGCCAAGACAAAAUACAAGGCAUCCUCCAUUGUUUCAGCGAAGCCGCAAAGGCAAAAGUCUUUCAAGACGCCUGAUUCCUGUCCUCCUGCCUCUUCUGCUAAGGUGUCUCGAAGCGGUCGGGUGAUAAAGCCACCUCUCGAGUACUGGAAAGGAGGAAGAGUCAUUCUGGAUGCACACAUGAAUGUAACCAUUCAUGAAUGUUAUGACACUUCCAUCUGCAUCCCUGAGGUCACUUCAACAGUAUCGGCGAGGAAGUCACAGAAACCUGCCCGUGUGUUCUUGCCAUGCAGUGAAGGCCAUAAGCAAAGUGAAUCAGCCUGCGAUGAAGAGGCGCCAGUGCCACUAAGGAAGGUCAAGGCUCCGCUCCGCAAACGCAACCCUGCAAAGGUCAUCCACGACGAGAAGCCCUCUAAUCAACCUGAACCUUCUGUGGUGGCGAUUAGUAGUCCCGAAGAGUGGUCUGGCACAACAACUAGGUCUCGUAAAAGGUGUCCAGCUAUGGGGAGGCUGUUGACUGUGGACAACGUCCCUCAAAAGCAAAAAGAACCUGAAAAGGCUCCAUCACAGAGGUCAAAAAAACAGACGCAUGACACCAUCAGGUCUUCAGCCAGGGCCUGCAAACAGACUGUCACAGCAUCCCCAGAAUCUCCCACUGUUAAUGACGAAACAUUACAGUCAUCGGAUGAAGACAUUUUCACUAAGAGAAAGAAGCAGGGGAAAAGAGUGACCAGGAAGAGUGGCACGAAGGCUCACGACAGGUCACAGCCAAGCCAAAGAUCUUGGUCGAGUCAGUCGUCAGAGUCGUCUGAGGAGAGCGGGAAGGAACGGAGGAGAAGAACCACUGUAACAAAACAUAGCAAUGCAGCACAAACACUAACAAAUCCUAAACGGAAAAAAUGCACCAAAAUUUCACCGCCAACAAAGCUUCUACCCAAGUCUACAGUUUCCAGCAGGACACAAAAGGCAAACAAAGGCAGCGCAGUCACUCUACAGGAGCAGGAUGAAGACAAGUGGACUGAAGAAGAGCUCAUGAGGCUGGAAGAGGCUGUGUCCUUCUUUCCUAAGCACAUGUCAGGUUACUGGGCAAAGGUGGCGAAGAUGGUAGGAACACGUUCUGCAGAAGAGUGUCACAGCCAGCACACGUCCCAGGGAACCUCGCAGACUCCCGCCAAGAGAGCCAAGAAACCCAGAAAGGAAAAGGUGGAGGCACCAAAAGAUCCAGUUACAGAUCAUCCCCUAAUAUCUGCCCGAUUUGGAACCUUGAAGAGAAAGCAGCAGGUGCGUCAGUUCCUGGAGACCAUGCCCAGAGAAAAUGUUGACGACGUUUUCAGCUCCGCGUACAUGCAGAAUAAACGCUUUGAGAUCCCCUCAAUGUGUCAGAGUGAGGACCAAGAUUUCUCAAUGUCGGACGUGGAGCACCUGACCCCCAUGUCGAAGGUCUACCCUGAAGUGAAGACGCCUCAGUGUCUGCACAUCACACCUGGCAUGAUGGGCUCUCCUGACAGGGAAAAUGAUGACAAGUACGUUUUUCAGCUCCAGAAGAGGAUGAAAAAAAAUCAGUUUAAUGUCUGCAAACAGGCUCGUUCUUCAAAGGGCUUUACACCCUCGUCAGUUAAGCAAACAAUGAGAAGAUGUGGUAACACAGAAAAUGACACCUUUGUCGUUUGGGAGAUGUUUCCAGGAAAAAAUGUGGCGCUGUCUGAAAGCGAAGAAGAGGAUUUUUACUUCUCAGACAGCAACUGAGUCACAGCUGACACGUCAUGUGAUUAUGGAAAAAUCUGACGAUUAAAACCAGAGGAAAAAGUAGCGAUGUGACUUUGUCCUUGUUCAACUCGUCAAAUGUUUAACAACAAAACUAUUCCAGUUUUGUUCUCCUGUCUUUCACAUAUAAGAUUGGAGGGAAUAAUGUUUCUUUUAAAUAUGAAAACUCUGGAUUUUAUUGCAGCAUCACUGUAAAUAUGUUGUUUAAUGUCCUAGCACCAAGAGUCAGUUGUAACUAUUCCUUUAAUAAACAUUCUUUAUCUUCUUAGUUAUGGUUUAUUUGUGUAUAUUACACAUUAAGAAAGCUCAAAAUGAAAUGUCUGCUGUAAGGGAGAAAGAUGGAUUUAAAGCAUUUUUGUAGGCUAUAAGAGUGACUUGUAUUUGACCCAAAAAACUAAAAUAUGAUGUAAUAAACAAUCUUGUGUAAAGAAA